UUUUUUGCAAACGUGUUGAUAUGGGCAGCGCAGAGUAAGUGUGAAGGGAUAAGAUGGGUACGCAACUCCCUGGUUUAUUGCUUAACAGCGCUGGCCUUACACUCGGCGGCAGGCAGCCUCUUAGUUGCCGGCCAGCCUUACAACCACUGGCAGCUGCUAAUCCUUCUACUCUCUCUUCCACUAUUCAGGUUGUUGGUUGGAAAGGUGCUGGAGGGUCUGGCAAUGAGAAUUCAAAACUUUUUAAUGCUUUUGAAGGCAUCCAAGAAGAGUAUGGCUGGAAUGAUCUAGAAACUGAUCUUUAUCAUUGGACUAAGACUUUACGACCAGUUCAGUGGUAUCCAGGUCAUAUCGCGAAAACUGAGAAAGAGCUCAAGGAACAGUUGAAACUAAUGGAUGUUGUCAUAGAGGUUCGAGAUGCAAGAAUUCCAAUGUCCACAAGUCAUCCACAGAUGGACUCAUGGCUUGGCAACAGAAAGAGGAUUUUGGUUUUGAAUCGAGAGGAUAUGAUAUCAACUGCUGAUCGCAAUGCUUGGGCAACUUAUUAUGCUAAUCAAGGGAUUAAAGUUGUUUUCUCCAAUGGCCAACUUGGAAUGGGAGCGCUGAAGCUUGGAAGGUUGGCGAAAGCAUUAGCGGGUACUGUGAACAUUAAACGUAAAGCAAAAGGACUACUUCCUCGUCCAGUUCGAGCUGGUAUAGUCGGGUAUCCAAAUGUUGGUAAGUCAUCUCUGGUAAAUCGUUUGUUGAAGCGUCGGAUGUGUCCUGCAGCCCCAAGACCAGGUGUUACCAGAGAGCUGAAGUGGGUCCGUUUUGGGAAAGAUCUAGAGCUACUGGAUUCGCCUGGUAUAAUUCCAAUGAGGAUCAGUGAUCAGACAGCAGCAAUAAAGCUUGCCAUAUGUGAUGAUAUUGGAGAGAGAUCUUAUGAUGCUACAGAUGUUGCAGCCAUUCUUGUACAGAUGCUUUUGAAGCUUCCAAAUGUUGGUAAUAAAGUUCUUUGUGACCGCUACAAGAUUGAGGCAGAUGGGCGCUGUGGUAAAACAUUUGUUCAGAAGCUCGCUGUUCAGUUAUUUAACGCGGACAAUAACCAAGCAGCAUUUCGUAUCUUGCAAGAUUUCCGGAAAGGGAAAUUUGGUUGGAUAUCACUAGAGCGGCCACCCAGGUAGACCUGUGCAUUUCGGACCUUGUUCUACUGCUUUCAUGUAUAUCAAUCAAAGUAGUGAAAAGUUCUUGGAUGCUUCUCUAAAUCAACAUGGAAGUACUUCGACGGGGAAGACACCCAGGACGCUGUUCGCAUCUUUCAUGUGAAUUUUGGGGUGGUUCUGAAAUGCCUGCGAGCUAGAAAGUUAUAUGCCACUGAACCUACUCAAUGAAGCUACAGGUGGUGUAAUUGGUUCUUGAGUUCCAUUUGUGUCAUACAGCAAUGGUGACUUUGGUUCUUAAUCUUCAGUUGUAACUAUUAUCUUCAAACAACUAGAUUAUAGUUUGGCUAUAAUUCCAUCUGUUGGAAUUAAUCACAAUAUUCCAACUUUAGUUCUCAACCUGCUGUAUGGAGGUGCUGAGUUGGUGAUGUAGAUCUUGUCGUUAAUAUUGUUUGCGAAAAAUGCGAGACUUCUAGGUUUAUUCCUCCCCACCCCCUUCAGAGAGACAGCGAGAUGAUUAGGCCGUGUCUAUCAGUAGAAUUUCUAGUCCAGAUACAUUGGACAAUAUUUGACUGAAUUCUAUGCUCAAA